UUUCUCUGUCUAUCGUUGUUGCUAGUGAAGUUAACUGUAGUAUUUAUCCAUUAUCCUGGUCCGUCACAGAUGGUUAGUCAGGUAGACAUGGUCACCAGGCCCUCUCUAGGAGGAACAGGAAGCCCAGGAGGCCGCUUGGCCAACACCUCCCUCAACCUCUACUGUACCUCCUACAGGGCUUCUUACGGCAAAGAAGACUUCAGUCCAUGUCUAGGUCAUCAUUUCGGGACAGGUUACUCUGCCAACCUGAGACCUGCUGUUUACUACAGCCCUAGUCUGGACCACACUGAUAACCCACAGUUCGGGCGUUCUCUGCUAGAUAGUUUCCAGUCUCAGACUAAGCGACACUUCCAGCCCCUGACCAGACCUGAUGGGUCAGAGACCCUGCCUUGCCCCAGUGGACAGAUCAGAGAGAGUGGAUACCUACAACUCAAGACACGGCCUACAGCAAAUGUAUCCAUCCAGACAGAGUAUAUGGAUAACUUUGUUCCAUAUCGUCCCAGACCACCAGUUUCUCAGAAGCACCAGUUAGUGGGAGCCCAAGGAGAGAGCGGUUUCACUGAAGGGACGGCCCUGCAACCCAACACCUUUCUGCCCCAGUACCACAUGGUCAAUCCUAGGAGGACUGAGAACUCUGUGAUGAGAGAUGACUUCCUGCCAAUAUCCUUUCUUCAGGGCUCUGAGAUGCUCCCCAGGCUGGUCAGUAGAGGCCCCAGAGAAACAGGCUUCACCAGGGACACCGUGGACCCUCUGGCCUGUCUAGUGUUCGGUUACCGCCAGCCCAUCUCCACCAAGCGCUCGACUGUGAGCUACGGACUCCAUCUCCAGUCGUUACCGGCAGCCCAUCCUCCCAUCAAGCCUCCUGCUGAAUCAGACUCCUCUCCCAGUCGUUACCAGGCAGCCCAUCCUCCCACCAGCCCUCCUGUGAUUCAGACUCCUAACUCCAGUCGUUACCGGCAGCCCAUCCUCCACCAGCCCACCUACAACCAGCCCAUCCUCCACCAGCUCUCCUCGGUUACCGGCAGCCCCAUCCUUCAAACCAGCCUCUGUGUUCAGAUCCUCUCCAGUCGUUACCUGCAGCCCAUCCUCCACCGAGCCUCCGUGAUUCAGAUUCCCUCGCAGUCGUUACCCGCAGCCCAUCCUCACACAGCCUCCUAUCGUUACCGCAGGCAGCCCAUCCUCCACCAGCCUCCUGUGAUUCCAGAUUCCUCCUCCAGUCGUACGGCAGCCCAUCCUCCCCCAGCCUCCUGUGAUUCAGGACUCCUCUCCAGUCGUUACCGGGAGCCCAUCCUCACCAGCCUCCUGUGA